AAACGACGGAGGUAUUGAAGAUGUCAAUUCUCAUUGGACCAUCCUAUAUAUCUAUCUCUCGUAGUAGUAUCGCAAGAGAACUUGCGCGUAGAGCCAAGGUAGGGGUAGUGGAAGGUUUCAAAUAGAGUCACUGAAUAAAUGCUGCCCACUCGUACAAUAGUCGUUGGUUCAGCGAGUAUGUUGUUACGACACGCGACCACAUACAGACUAAUCGAAAUCAAUCAGCUUGGUAUCAUCAGAAACAUGGCAUCGAAAGAAGGAUCAGGUCUAUCGGACCUGGCGAAAAUCGAAGAGGUAGUUGAUCAUCCGGUGGAGUUGUUCAGGAUUUGGCACGAUGAGGCACGAAGAUUCAAUCCGAGGGCUCCGGACGCCUGUUGCUUGGCUACUACUUCAAAAGAUUGUAAGGUAUCUGCCAGAAACGUUGUUCUCCGAGAAUUCGAUAACCACGGUUUUGUAAUCGUAACAGAUAAUCGUAGCAAGAAAAUCGACAAUUUAGUGAAAAUAGAAGGUAUCAUGAAGAAAUUAGAAAAGGAAAGUUAUAAGCAUUUGUAUGACAGAGAGCCAUUGUAUUGUAAGAUACGAUCUCAUGUGUGCGAUCAAGGGCGUGAUGUCAAUUGGGAGGAACUAAAGCAACGACACGACGAAGUAUUAGAUUCGACUCGUAAAGGAGAGAAUGAUUUAUUAAUGCCAGAUCAUUUCGUUGGAUACAAACUUUUUCCAACGAUGAUGGAAUUUUACUUCGCGCGGGACUAUCUUAUAGGCGAUCGUAUUUUAUAUCAGAGAAAUACAUCGAACGAUUCUUGGGAGAAUCAUCACAUAGCGGCAUAAUACAUUAAAUCUAUGGUGAUUGUUGUCAUCUUUUUCUAUUUUUUAUAAUAAGAUUUUGAAACCGUUUUUUUCGAAAUAUCAUAAGAAAGUAUUUGUAAAACUCUUUACUGUAUAUGCUGUCCUUUUGCUGAUUAUCGAAUGAUCGGAGGAGUUAAAAUCUAUGAAGAUCAUUUAGUUUCACAAAUCAAUCAUUAAUAAUAGAAAAGAAUUCCAAGCGAAAUUGUUACGGGCCAGCAUUUACAAUCUGUUGAUCGAUGGUCUAAUUCUAAACUGACUAAUUU